UGUAGGGUUUAGUGGUUUUUGUGCUUCGCCUCCCUCGUCUCUGUCACCGAAAGCCCAAACCAAGCCUCUGGUUUUAGAGAGAGAAAGAGAGCUGGAUACAGGUGCUUGUAGAGAGAGAAACAAGCUGUCACAUGUUCUAGAGAGAGAGAGAGAGAGGUUUUUUGGGUACAAAAUCUGAAGAUCUCUAUUGUACGCAAUUACUGAGACCUCUCUUAUGAUGGCUGAAACUCUGAUCACACCCAAUUCACACCCAGAUGAGUCAUCGGACCCUCCGGCUCCGCCGUCAAUCGAAUCUAUGUUCAGCAGAAAAGUCGAUUUCCACCCAGCGAAGAAGCCAUUCUCUGGAUUCAGCAAUGGCAGCGGAGGGUUUCGGUUGGAGACUCUGAACCCAACUACUAUCUCGGAUCCACGGAGGCUCGGUGCGUCGGGCCAGGGCAGUGGUCAAUCGGGUCUGGUUGGGAAGAAACCAGAUGGGUCGGAGUUUUUGGAUGUUGGGUUGGAUCCUGAGCUCAGUUUUGGGAUUACUUUUCGGAGAAUUGGUGCAGGACUGGAAAAUCUUGGAAAUACUUGUUUUCUCAAUUCGGUUAUACAAUGCCUCACAUAUACGGAACCUUUAGCCGCAUAUUUACAAAGUGGGAAGCAUCAAAAUUCUUGUCGUACUGCUGGAUUUUGUGCUUUGUGCGCUAUACAGAAGCAUGUUAGCCGUGCCCUACAAUUAACUGGGAGAAGCUUAGCACCAAAGGAUCUUGUCUCAAACUUGCGGUGCAUAUCUCGGAACUUUCGAAAUGCCAGACAGGAGGAUGCUCAUGAGUACAUGGUAAAUUUGCUGGAGUCAAUGCACAAAUGUUGCUUACCUGUAGGAAUACCAAGUGAAUCACCUAGUGCUUACGAGAAAAGCUUGGUUCACAAGAUCUUUGGUGGUCGCCUCCGUAGCCAGGUGAAAUGCAUGCAAUGCUCUUUCUGCUCCAACAAGUUCGAUCCAUUCUUAGAUUUAAGUCUUGAAAUCAACAAGGCAGAAUCGUUGCACAAGGCACUCAUGCAUUUUACUGCCAAGGAAUAUUUAGAUGGAGGAGAGAGACAGUACCAAUGUCAAAGGUGCAAGCAAAAAGUAAAGGCUCUCAAACAGCUCUCAAUUCACAAGGCCCCUUAUGUUCUUGCCAUCCACCUAAAGCGGUUUGGUACAUAUCAACCCGGGCAAAAGAUUGACAAGAAAGUUCUGUUUGGUCCCACAUUGGACUUAAAACCUUUUGUCACUGCUCCCUAUGAUGGAGAUUUAAAGUAUACUCUUUAUGGUGUUCUUGUUCAUGCCGGUUGGAGCACACAUUCUGGCCAUUAUUACUGCUUUGUUCGCACAUCAAGUGGCAUGUGGUACUCCCUUGAUGAUCAUCAGGUUCGCCAAGUUAGCGAGAAGAUGGUUUUGGAGCAGAAGGCCUACAUGUUGUUCUAUGUUCGAGAUAGAAGAAAUGUUGCACUGAAGAAGCCCGUUGAUGUUAUUCAGAAAGAAAGCAUGAUCAUAAAUGCCAUGAGUCAUAAAAUGCAUUCCAACUCCAGUCAAGGUUUAAAGGAAGCUGUUCAAAAUGGUCCAAUUGAUAAAAGAGUAAAUGGUGUGUACUCUUCUGCUGCUGAAAGUAAUGCAAUCAUUGCAGAUGGGUUGAAGGAAACCCUCAUGAAGGAAACAUCUGUUCAGAAAACUAAUCCACUGAAGGAUCCCCUGUUAGAUAUUUCAUUGAAGGUGCCAGUAUCCAAGGAUGCAGUAAAGGGGCAAGAAUGGUUAACACAAUCAGCUCCUAUUAAGGGCUCUUCUGAUGCUCUUAAUAAUGUUAUGUUGGCAACAACUGGUGGUAAAUCUAAUGAAUUUACUAAGGAGAGAAGUAUCAAGGAAGAUCUGAGUGAUUCGGUUGUGGUAGCGCCUAAUCACUGUGGCCCCCAAAAUUCAGAUACCAAGAAAGAUCCAAGUAAUGUGGGUGCGAAGUCACCCAAGUACAAUGAGGACAGACAUGCCGAGAAGGAUCUGAGUGGCUUGGUUGCCAUAACUCCUGACUGCAAUGGUCACCAUAAUUCUUCUGGUGGUGUGUGCGUUGCAGACAAGACCUCUGAAAAGAUUCAUAGUGAAGCUCCAUUGCAGGAUUCUGAUGAGAAAGAAUCCAAGAAAAUUGACCUGUUAAGGUCAUUAGAUCAGCCAAGCUGUGAAAAUAGUCAGGGAAAAGGUUUGUUGAAGGAAAGUACUCUCACCUAUAAUGGUCUGAGAAUGGGAGUUACUGAAACCGUAGAAUUGUCAGGCCUGCAAGCCACACAUAUCUCUUUGCACCAGAAAGCUCUUGAUAACAAGUGCCAACAAAAAUUGAAAAAGAAGCUUCCGAGGGGUUGGAUUACUAGCAUGCACCUUGGCUCAAGCAUCCUUUUUGGGGCAUUCUUAAGCCUGCGGAAGAAGAAACACAAAAAGGUUAAGCAGCGUACUGUCAAGAUCAACAAUCUCACUCAAAAGCACUUACUGGACAGUGUGUUUGGUUCCACAGAUUUAGGACCAUCUACGUCUGAGAUAACCAGGACACUGUCCCUUGGUUCAGUUCACUCUCAAAGAAAGUUGUUGAAAUCCAGACCUAGUAAGAAAGACAAUAUUCCUGUUCCGAAGAAUGUAAAAAGUUCUAAUCAUGAUUUGGUAGAGGGGAUCAUUGAUCGAGACUUCAGAGAUAGGCUUGGUCAAAAUGGUGCUGUGCUUGCAACGGAUAAGCAACCGCAAAGGAACUGUAGCUCUCCUUUGGCCGGAAACCAGUUUGAUGCUCGAGGAUCUAAUGGUUCAAAAGAGAGCAGAGGAAACUCAGUGCAUGAUGGUUUAAUGAGCAUGCUUACCAGAGGUUUAGAGGAGACAAUUAUUGCACGUUGGGAUGGGAUUGAACUGCCCUCAUCUCGGAUUACAGGAUCAAGUGGUGUAGAUGCUGCUAGCAUUGGGUACAUAGGCGAUGAAUGGGAUGAAGAAUACGACAAGGGAAAAAGGAAGAAGGUGAGGUGCUCCCAGAUAGAAUUUGGUGGACCAAAUCCAUUCCAAGAAAUUGCAACGAAGAAGACAAAGUUGAAGAAAGUGAAGACAGACCAGUUCAGCUUUGGAAACCAACCUUUCAGGAUAUGAUUUCACUACAUAUAUAUCUCUUCCAAUGGAGAGGAAGCUUGAUUUGUUGCCCCAUUGUUAUAUUUUUAUGUAGUGAUUAUUGUGGUGAUAAAGCUUGAGCAGAGAUCGCAAUGUGGAAUGCAUGGUGAGGAAUAAUUUUGCUCCGAGAGUUUUUUUUUUCCUUCUCUUUCUUUCUUGGUUUUGAUCGUUGGGAUGCGAAGAAACUUGGAGAUUUGUAUUAACAGUUGGUUCUGUGGAAAUAUUUCAGUAGUUGAAAAUUUGUACAAGCUGUGAGAGCUUUCUUAUUUAUGGGAAUGUAACAAGCUGUAAACUGUGGUAUGUUUCAUUCUAAAGUUUUGUAUCAAGACUGGUAAAGAAUCAUUAACUUUUACCUUUAUAAAUUAUUAUUUUUACA